ACUACUUUGCAAGCGACAAUAUAUUUAAGGUCGGUCGGUAUACAUAAUCACAGAAGCUGUCUUCCAGAAUCUGGCACUGCCCCGUUCCCGUAGCUCCUUCCCCGCGAUUCGGCUGUGCAGUGUGCAGCAGGCGAUCAUGCGCAAGGAUUCGCAAAAAUGCCGCUGAUGAAGUAAAAACGCUCAGCACCACAGCCUCACAACAGCCUCAUGCUCCUCCAACCAUGCUUUUUCUACACUCUCGUUCCUAGAUUCUCACUCCCCUCUACUCGCUCCUCCUCGACCAUGCGACAUGUCUCUCUCCCCGCCUGCCGUCCAGCUGGGCGCUGCAGACCCGUUGGCGGCCGUCUCUUGUCCACACGACCAGGCCCAGGUGCCGCCUGAGAUGCAUGCAGAGCAGGGAGUACGGCAAGCUAGCUUGAAUUUGGAAUCACCACAAGAGCGCUCGCAUGCACAAACGCCCUCUAGCGAUCUGGGCGCGGGAUCUGCUCCUCCUCAUAAAGCUCUCUGCGAUGUCGUCGACACUCAGAGUCCGGCUGCGGCCUGCGGAACAGGCGAUGCACAGGACUCGACGGCAAUCCCCAUGUCUGCUCCUCCGACCAUGAACGGAGGAGAUGAUCCGAAUCAAGUCGCACCUCCACCUGCAGUCGAGGCUGUCGAAGUCGAACCACCACGGCCUCGUGACGCAACCCCUCCCCCAACCCCUCAAUCCUUAAAUACCGCGACCGCGACGACGACCCUCGGCCCUGACUCGCCCACUGCCACGAAGAGUCCUCACCAUCAUACAUUCCCGCACGUCUUUUCGGCUCUGCACAAAUCGGCCGGCGGGGCGGCAGAGAAGGACGAGUCGCACGAGGGCAAGAUGAUCUUUGGACACCAGGCCUCUGCGAGCAACGCCCAGCGACGGCGCAAUUUUGCGACUACAAAUGCUAUUACCGACUACGAAGCAGACCUCACAAGCAAGGACCGUGCGAAGCAAAAAGAGGCUGUCAAAAAAUUCCUCACUGACAAGGUCAGGACCGAUUGGAAAUGGGAAUGGCCCAGACCCCCACCAGACUCGGAAUCUUCCCGUGAAGUAUCACCCAAUGUCGAGCGAUCAACAUCGCUAGACGAGCAUUGGAAAGAAAGAGACGAAUGGCUUAGUGGUGGCAGCGAGAACGAGGAAGACGCUCCCAUGCCCACCGCGAUCUCGAGUCACGACACCCCAACUCCCAACAGCAAAAACGGCAAGCACAGCCCCUUCCGCUUCGAAACCCCCGAUGGAGUUGGCGAGACCAUAAAAAGAACAGUCUACGAGCGAAAACGACGUCGAAAGAAACAUCUCGCGGACGAAAUGGCCUGGAACGAAGGACUCCGCUGUUUCGUCGGGAGAAGAGACGCAUGGACCGGUGCACGACGAGUCCAUAAACCUGGGAUGGGCUUCUCGCCCCUCAAACAUACAGCCACUGCCCAGCGCUCCUCCCUCUCAAGUGAAGACGGCGGCAGUUCCACCGCAAUUGAACCAGACGAAGACGACUGGGAAGAGGAUAUCGAGAUCCCCAUCGCGCCCGCCAUCCUGCCCCCAGAAAACGCAAUGCGCGCCUCCAUCCUGCCCGCAGCAUACAACACCAUCUACGACAAAGUGGUCGUGCAAGCACUUACCCCCUCCUGCCCCAUGAACCUCAAAGACGUCACCAGAUCCUGCGUGCAAGGCUGGAAACGCGACGGCGAGUGGCCGCCGAAAGGCACGGUACAGGAGCCAGCCAAGAAGAAAGGACGGAAGUUGAGUGUGGCGAGCCUUUUUGGGUUAGAGAAGCAUGAGGAGAAGGAGAAGGAGAAGGAGAAGAUCGCCGUAAGUGGCGGCGAGAAGAGCCCUACUGAGAAGGGCGCGAUUCGAAGGAGUCUGCAGAAGAUUCUGAGUUUGGGGCAAGGGGUUAAAGAGAGUGCUCCGGGGGAGCAUGGCCAGUGAUUAUAGGGUCUUGUGGGAGUUAUGCGGGGUAGGAGCGUCGGAACUCGGGGCAUAAGUGAGCUUUGCGUACGAUCGUGAAGCAUGAGCAUGGAAGGCGUUUCAUUGGAUCGAAAUCAUUGGAUCGUGGGUCUAGUUGAUACCAAUUUGGUCGAUGUGGGGCGAGCUGGGCAGCUGGGUAAUUGGUAAUCGGACAUACCGUAAUGAAGGAGUACGCCCAUCAUCGGCAUGGCGUUUUGGAUGGCAGUUUUGGCAAGUUGCGAAUAGGAUGCAUUAAUACAUACAUACCCUUUUCCCUCUUCACUUCUGCCUUUCCGAUUGAAACCUUGUGUGUCAUCUUCCCCACAUCGUCUCCGCCAAAGUGACAGGUGCCAUCCGACAUGACCUUCUGGGCUUUGGGUCCUCCGAGUCUGGGUAUCAGCUAGACUCACUAAGAAAAUAC